CUAAAACCAGAAAAUCUUGAUGCAUUGCAUGGACCGGCAUGUCUCAGCCCCUGAAAAAAAAAACAAAAGAUUAAGCAUUUUUAUUCAUCGGUUGAUGUUUCAUGAGCGUUGAAACUUUAUAUUUGCAUCAUAAUUUCAAACGAUAAUCGAUUACCAAUACGAAAUAUAAAACUUCGGAAAUGUCAAAGUCUACAUCUCCCCUCGUUGCAAAUUCACCAGAUUAGUCAAAGUUAUUAUACACAAAUAUCAUUGCAAUACAAAAGACCGCAACCUAAAAACGGGCGCAUCGCCCUUUCCAAUUACGGUAUUACACGUAAGACAAUAUUAUAUGAACAAACACAGUUCAAAGGUAUUCCUUUCGAGUUCAUAAAAAGAAUCAUGAAUACUUUCAUUCUUCUUCUUCUUCUUCUUCUUUCAAGUUCUUGCUUUGCAGUGGACAGGAUCACGUUCUCUACUCCGAUCAAAGAUUCGGAAACUAUAGUCUCCGACAAAGGAAUGUUCAUGUUCGGUUUCUUCAGCCCUGUCGAUUCCACGGGCAGAUAUGCCGGAAUUUGGUACAACAACAUUCCUGUACAAACAGUUGUGUGGGUUGCAAACAAAGACAACCCCGUCGAAGACAUGUCUGGAGUUGUUUCAAUGUCUGAAGAUGGUAAUCUCGUGGUUAUGGACGGUCGGAGACGGGUUUUCUGGUCAACCAACGUCUCGGUAUCAGCCUCUGCAAAUUCCACCUGGGCUCAGCUUCUCGAUACAGGGAACCUUGUGUUGCAAGGCACCGAAAACGACGGUGAAUUCUUCUGGGAGAGCUUCAGGAACCCUAGCGAUUCCUACUUGCCGAGAAUGGUGCUUGAAUCAGACGCGAGAACAGGAAGAACCAUCAAGAUCACUUCCUGGAAAAGCCCUUCUGAUCCUUCCCCCGGAAACUAUACGGCAGGUCUUGCUGCUGAUCCGCUUCCAGAAGUUUUCAUCUGGAAAGAUGGUGUUGCCGUGUGGCGAACUGGCCCGUGGAAUGGUCAGAUAUUCAUCGGUUUUCCGGAUGUGGAUACGGGUCUUUUCCUCAAUGAAUUCGCCCUUAACAAUGACAAUCAAGGAAAGGUAUCUGUUUCAUAUGCCAAUGAUUCGGGUAAGUAUCAUUUCAAGCUGGAUCAUGAAGGGUAUAUAUCUCAGAAAUCUUGGAACGAAGAGAAGAAGAAUUGGAGCGUUGAGUUAAAGCUUCCAAAAACCGAGUGUGAUGAAUUCGGUAAAUGUGGCCAGUUCGCGAGCUGCAACCCUCGGAGGAAACCCUUGUGCAGAUGCAUUAAAGGGUUUGAACCAAAGAACUAUACAGAGUGGAAUAGAGGAAACUGGACUAGUGGAUGCAGACGGAGGGCUCCUUUGAAAUGCGAAAGACGAAACAACGGGAAUGGUAAUGGAGGGGAAGAAGACGGAUUUCUGCGUCUGAAGAAGAUGAAAGCUCCAAACUCUACGCAGAGAUCUGACGCUAACGAACAAGAAUGCCCGAGAAGUUGUUUGCAGAACUGUUCUUGUACAGCUUACACAUUCGACAGAGGAUAUGGAUGCAUGUUCUGGACAGGAAGCUUAUUCGACAUGCAGGAAUUUCGGGUUAACGGCAUUGAUCUUCAAAUCCGUCUCGCUAAUUCAGAAAUCAAAAAACCGAACAAACUGCCAGUUGUGGUAACAAUACCAGUGAUUGGCGGCACAUUUAUCAUCGUCUUCUGCAUUCUUUUCGCGAGGAGGAAAGCUACAAAGCGUAGAGAGGCCGAGAAAGAUAGAAAAGCGAAGCUGGUAUUUGAGAGAAUGGAAGCGUUUUCGUCGGGUAAUCCAACUCAGGCUCACCUUAUAAAUCAAGCUAAGCUGAAAGAUCUUCCACUAUUCGAGUUUCAAGUUCUAGCUGCAGCUACCGACGAUUUCGCCCUCGCGAAUAAGAUCGGUCAAGGAGGCUUCGGUCCCGUUUACAAGGGGAAAAUGGAAGAAGGGCAAGAAAUAGCAGUGAAGAGGCUCUCACGGGCAUCAGGGCAAGGACUCGAGGAACUCGUGAACGAGGUGGUGGUGAUUUCUAAACUGCAACACCGGAAUCUGGUGAGGUUGCUCGGCUGCUGCAUCGAAGGAGAAGAAAGACUGUUAGUUUAUGAGUUCAUGCCAAAGAAAAGCCUCGACUCCUAUCUUUUCGAUCCGUUGAAGCAGAAACUUCUUCACUGGAAGACACGAUUUCGCAUAAUGGAAGGAAUUUGCAGAGGCCUGUUGUAUCUUCACCGAGAUUCAAGACUGAGGAUCAUACACAGGGAUCUGAAACCGAGCAACAUCUUGUUAGAUGAACAUCUGAAUCCGAAGAUAUCUGAUUUCGGGCUAGCUAGGAUUUUCCAUGGGAAUGAAGAUGAAGCAGCCAAUACCAGAAGGGUUGUUGGAACUUACGGAUAUAUGUCACCUGAAUACGCAAUGGAAGGGCUAUUUUCGGAGAAAUCCGAUGUUUUCAGCUUAGGGGUCAUACUGUUAGAGAUUAUCAGCGGAAGAAGAAGCUCGAGUUUCCACAAAGACGAGGAGACCACGAACCUCUUGGCGUAUGCAUGGAAGCUUUGGAAUGAAGGGAAAGCUUCUGAACUAGCUGAUCCUGCCGUCUAUGAUGAGGGUUUCGAAAAGGAAAUACGUAGAUGCGUGCAUAUAUCGCUGCUGUGCGUGCAAGAACUCGCGAACGACAGGCCAAGCGUUUCGACAGUGAUUUGGAUGCUAAGUAACGAGAAUUCGGAUCUUCCUGAGCCGAAACAGCCUGCUUUUAUCGCAAGAAAAGGUGUUUCGGACGCUGAAUCCUCUGACAGGAGUUCCAGAAAAGCCUCUAUCAACAAUGCCAGCAUCACUGCUGUCACAGGACGUUAAAUACCGCAGAUACCAUACCAUGUAUUGCCUAUUGUAAAGACUUACUGAACACAUACAUACAUACAUAUAUAUAUGUACGUAUAUAUGUAUAUAUAUCAUGUAUUUCUUGAGAUUCAAAGAUUGAA